AAAUCAAUAUUCAAAAGUUCCCCCCCCCCCCGACUAUUUAUUCUAUUCCAAAUUCGCUGUGUGAUGAUCAAACUUCAAUUGAUACUCAAUGCUCUUCUUUUGGUGUCAGCUAGCCAUUCUGGAAAGUUAAGUGAGGAGGAAAAUAAAGACCGUCUAAGUAGUUGUGGAAACGUUCAUCUUGAAACUCCAUCAGACUCCAAUGCAAGUGCGAAUGUAAAACCUGCGAAUGUAGCACUUAGUAAGAAUGGUCAAUGGUUCUACUUGACAGCUCGACAGUAUGAAAAUGGAAUCUGGUAUCAUAUAUCCGGAGCAAGUGCCAUAUCUAAAAGACAUGUUCUUACUACUUCCCGAGUUGUCAUGUCAAGUAAGAGAAAAUGGAGGGCUAAUAAUCAAUCGGUAGACUGUAAAGGUGACUUGAAAUACGUCGAGGUUCCAGCAGGAUUUCUGGAAAAAAACAUGUUUAGACGUUUUCAAUGUGUAAUGAACGGGACCGACUGCCAUGAUAUAGCUACUCCUGUGAAAGCUUAUAUUUUGAACUACUGCCCGAACAUGACAGAGCAUGUGGCCUAUCAUCCAAUGAUUAUCGAGUUUGAUGACACUUUCACGAACAGUACACCUUGUCUAUCAGAUGAAGUUAAUAUUGGUAAUGGGGUUUAUGUGCAUGGUUAUGAAGACAAUGGUAAUGGGAAAAAUAACGGCGUUGGAUUGAAGCAUCGACUUCUUUGGGUAAUAGACUUACAAGAGAAACUAGUCAUUACUGAAAGCUUUCAUGGGGAAUAUGAGUUUGGAAGCCCUUUAUCCAGAGUGAUUGGCAGAAAAUGGACAAUUGUUGGGCUGGGUACAACUUAUAUGGAUUUCACUUCUAAUGUGUUCUUCCGCAGGUCUGAAGGCUUGCAGCGUCGUAGAAUUAGAAACUCUUCAAAUUAGAGAUCCUAUGAGGUCGAGCGCCGCGCCGGCCUCACGGCGAAACCCCGGACGUGUCGCUUCCAAAUAACUACCUUUUCGCAAAAAAAGGAGCAAAAAAUCACAAGAAAGGAGCCGGGGGCAAGAAGAAGGAGGCAGCUGCUGCUGGACAUGCCUAACAUUUCUGAUAAUUUUCAAAUUUUUCGCAAUAAAUAUUUUUGGUUUGUAAAA